AGUCUUCAAGAACUACCUCAUACACUAACACAACUCAAGUUCAACACAAAAACAAGACAACCUUAGCUUAACAGAACAACAUUAUAGCACUUUUUUCCAUUCGAAGUUUCAAACUUUGCAACAAAAAUUCGAUUUUUGCAGCACCCAAAAUCCCAACCACACAUAAAAAAAAAAAAUGAAAUUGUAGAAGAAGUUUCAUAAAGAAAAAACAUGAAAGGUUUAGGUUCUCAUACACCCUUGAUUCCAAAGGGAAAACCUCCUCUUUCAUUUGCUAUAUUGAAUGCAUUACCAUCUUGUACUUAUUUAUCUGGAAACACCACUUUAUCUCCAUUAAGAUGCAGACAGAAAUUGGGGUUGAGCUUGGCCCGUGGAACAAUUCGAGCCCAAGCAUCAAAUAUUAGCGUUGGACCGGGGGAUUAUGGAAGCAAUAAUGAGAAAGACAGCCAGAAUGUCUCUGACAGAAAUUCUGUCGAUGACAGUUCAUCUAAAAUCUCUGAAAGAAAUUCUGUCGAUGACAGUUCAUCUAAAAUUGUGAAACCUACACAGAUUCCUUAUCCUGUCUCUAUAGCUUUUGUGCUGUUUGGAUGUGCUCUUGUGUUUUCACUAAUAGCAUUUGUGAAAGGAGGACCUUCAUCAGUUCUUGCAGCAAUCGCAAAAUCAGGAUUUACUGCUGCAUUUACAUUAAUAUUUGUUUCUGAGAUUGGUGACAAGACAUUCUUUAUUGCUGCACUCUUGGCAAUGCAAUAUGAGAAGGGAUUGGUUUUGUUAGGAUCAAUGGGUGCUCUGGCGCUCAUGUCAAUCCUAUCUGUUGUAAUUGGCCGUAUCUUUCAAUCAGUGCCUGCCCAAUUCCAGACAACCCUGCCGAUCGGAGAAUAUGCAGCAGUAACUCUUCUUUUGUUUUUUGGCCUAAAAUCAAUUAAAGACGCAUGGGAUCUUCCUUCAAAGGAUGUUAAAAAUGGUGAUAACAGCAGUCCUGAACUUGAUGAACUAGCUGAAGCAGAGGAGCUUGUGAAAGAAAAGGCAUCGCAACGGCUUUCAAAUCCUCUUGAGAUUAUUUGGAAAUCGUUCAGUCUUGUAUUUUUUGCUGAAUGGGGAGACCGUUCAAUGCUUGCAACAAUCGCUCUCGCAGCUGCUCAGUCUCCUUGGGGUGUGGCAAGUGGAGCUAUUGCUGGACACUUACUAGCAACAUGCAUUGCUAUUGUUGGAGGAUCACUCCUUGCUAACUACAUUUCAGAAAAACUGGUUGGUUACUUGGGUGGAGGGCUGUUUCUAAUUUUUGCUAUAGCCACCUUUUUCGGUGUUUUUUGAUUUCUGCCAAACCCUACUUUUUUUGUGUGUACAAUAUAUCAUUGAUGGAAAUAAGGAGGAUACAUGCUCGAACGCGGAACCAAUGAUGAGAGAACAUAGAAAAAUAAUUCAUACUUCAAGUUUGUUGAUUUCAUUGAGUAGACCUUAGGAGCAAAUUAUUGACAUGGUGAUGGUUAGAGAAUAAGAAGCAUGAUAUCUGCCAUUAGAGCCAGGCUUUGAGGAGAAAGCUGUGUAAUUGUUUCUUGAGACUAGCUUUUGUAAUGUGUGUUUGUUGUAUUAAUGAAACUAUAUUUAAAACUUUAUCCAUUCAUUACAAAUGAAAACUUGUUAAUUGGACAUUUAUGUGUUGUCACUUGUUAGAAAAUCAAUGUUGAUUUCAA